UCCAGAAAGGUAAUGGGGAAGGACUAGUGAAGCUAUGUUUAGUAUCGUCUCAGUCACUGGUGCCUUUAAGAGAGGAGUGUGUGGAGAUCAACAACAUAAGGCGUGCACCAGAGAGUGUAAUGUGACUUUCCAAACAGAAACUAAAGUAGCAGAGACACGGUGUCAGGGAACACAAACGCUCCUCUCUGUGCCACACCACUUAGAAAUGCGAUAUGGCUACUGCUGGCAGCGUGCUGUCUAAGGAGCAGCUUCUUUGCCCCAUCUGUCUGGAUUUGUUCAACCAGCCAGUCUCUACUCCCUGUGGGCACAACUUCUGCAGGGACUGCAUACAAGGAUACUGGCAGAGUGCUGAUCUGUCGCAGUGCCCCAUGUGCAAGCAGAAGUUCUACAGGAGGCCUGAGCUCAAAGUCAACACAUUCAUUUCAGAGGUGGCCUCUCAGUUCAAGAAGUCAUUGGAAAAAGAUGACAACAACGAAGCCGGUGCUGUGGACCAAUAUUCGGGCCACAAGGGAGAAGUUUCAUGUGAUGUUUGCGUCGGGAAAAGAGUCAAGGCUCUUAAAUCCUGCCUGGACUGUUUGGCCUCCCUCUGUGAGACUCACCUGGAGCCCCAUCAUGUUCUAGGCACCUUCAAAAAACACCACCUUAUUGAUCCUAUGAUGAACAUGCAAGACAGAUUAUGUAAGAAGCAUGAGAAACUCCUGGACCUGUUUUGUAACACUGAUCAGACAUACGUGUGCCAGAUCUGCAUCAACGAAGACCACAGGGCUCAUCACACUGUUCCUAUAACGGAUGAGAGCAAAGACAGGAGAGCUCAAAUUGAAAGAAUAAAUGAAGAGGUGGAAAAAAUGAUCCACAGUCGACUAAAGAAGAUCAGCGAGAUCAACCAAACAGUUAAGCUCAGCAGAGAAAACACAGAAAGAGAGACCGAGGAGAGUUUGCAAGUCUUCACCAAACUGCUCCACUUUAUCCAAAGAGGCCAGGCUGAGGUAGUGGAGGUGAUUGGUGCAAAGCAGGAGCAGGUUGAAAGCAGGGGCGGAGGACUCAUCUUGGAUCUGGAGCAGGAGAUCGGUGAGCUGAGGCAAAGACGUGCAGAGCUGGAGCAGCUCUCGUGCACUGAAGAUGACCUUUACCUCCUCCAGAGUUUUCCAGUGUUCUCCACACUGCCAGCAAUCAAAGACUGGUCUGACACCUACGUAGAGAGUGCUGUAUACGUGGGCACGGUGAGGCGAGCGGUCAGGAGAGUGGUGUGUCAGCUAGAGGAGACUGUAAAGGCUGAGAUGAGGAGGCUGUGUGAGAUCGAAAUUCAGAGGGCUCAGCAGUGCGCUGUGGAUGUGACUCUGGACCCCAAUACAGCCCAUCCCAAACUGGUGCUGUCUGAAAACAAGAAACAGGUCUACCACGGUGAUGUGGCACUGAGCCUCCCCGAUGACCCAGAGAGAUUUUACCCUGGUGUUAGCAUUUUGGGAAAGGAGGGUUUCUCCUCUGGCAGGUUCUACUAUGAGGUCCAGGUGAAAGGGAAGACAGAGUGGGAUAUUGGAGUUGUUCUUGAAUCUGUAAACAGAAAAGGAGGGUGUACACUAAAUCCUGAAAGUGGCUACUGGACCCUGGGGAUGAGACAGGACAGGAGCUACUGGGCGCUCAGCAGCACUCCCAUCUGCGUACCGCUGGUGGAGAAGCCCCAGAGAGUCGGGGUGUAUGUGGAUCUGGAGUGGGGGCAGGUUUCUUUUUACAACGUGGACUCUGCCUCUCACAUUUACUCAUUCACAGGAUACUCAUUCAAUGAAAGACUCUUCCCCUACUUUAACCCCCGGCGUAAUCAUGGUGGCAUCAACUCUGCACCUCUGAUCAUCUCAUAUGUCAAUGUCUAAAAUCUCUUUUUUUAAAAUCAUUUUCAGAUCAGUUGGCAAGGCAUGAUGUUUGUUGCUAUGUUUCCCUUAAUAAAGUUAUGUUUACUCACAUGG